AGGACACAGCGCACCCCUAUUUGAACACAUGACUCAGUCUGUGCUUGAGUGAGCUACAAUAAUAUUCCGUUUGCCGUGCUGUCUGGUUGCAGUUUUAGCCUCCUUUGCUUCAGUUGCUGUCGUGCGGCUGUUUGGAAAAAAAUGAGGCUGCAGUGUUUCGUGACGGCGCUGUGUCUCGGUGUGGUUGCCAUGGCAGGCAAAUACUCUCGGGAGGUGAAUGACCCCACGCAGAGUGGCAGCGAUGGGCAGACUGUGGAGUUCAGGAUAGCUAAACUCAACCAGGUGUGGGAGAAAGCUCAACGGAUGCAGCUGUCGCCAGUACGACAUGCUGAGCUUCACAGUGAUCUAAAGAUUCAAGAAAAAGAUGAGCUGCAGUGGAAAAAAAUAAAGAUGGAAGGCCUGGAUGAGAACGGAGAGAAAGAGGCCCAGCUCAGACGCAACUUUAAUGUGAUCCUGGCCAAGUAUGGCAUGGAUGGAAAACGGGACAUGCGGCCGAUGGAGAGCAACUCACUGAAAGACCAUGAGGUCAAAGACGGAGAAAUGUUUGAUGAUCCCAAACUGGACAAGCUCUGGAACAAGGCCAAGAGCUCUGGGAAGUUCUCCAACGAGGAGCUUGCGAGCUUAAAAAGGGAAUUCCAGCACCACAAAGACAAGAUCCAUGAAUACAACAUCUUGAUGGAUACUGUCAGCAGGACAGAGGAAAUUCACAAGAAUGUGAUCUCCCCCAUGGAGGGCGACACCAAAGAGCAUGUGCUGCAGCAGAAGCACACUGAGCUGAAGGAGAAAAUGAGGGACCUCAACCACGGCUUCGAGCGCCUCCGCAAAAUCAGCCACGAGGGCUUCUCUCAAGACAGCGAGUUUCGGGAGCCGCGUGUGAUUGAACUGUGGGAGGCUGCAAAGAGGGCGAACCUCAGCAAAGAUGAGCUGGAGUCUCUCAAGGAGGAGCUGCGUCACUUUGAGACCAAGGUGGAGAAGCACAGCCAUUACCAGGAGCAGCUGGAGCUGUCUCACCAGAAGCUGCGACAUGUAGAGUCUCUGGGAGACAAAGAGCACAUUAAGAGGAACCAGGAGAAAUACAACACACUCGCUGAGAAGACCAGGGAGAUGGGCUACAAGAUGAAGAAACACAUGCAGGACUUGUCCAAUAAGAUCUCUCGUCAGGGUCUGCAGCACAACGAGCUGUGAGACAUUAAACUCCUGAUCGCCACAUCCAAAGGAUCGGGUUAUUAAACUACAGGUUGUUUAAACUGGGGAAAGACAUUCCUUUCAGCUACUGAAGAAGCUCUCAUGUGGAAGGUUUUCUAUGUUUUAUUUGUGUGUGUAUACCGAGUUUGCAAAUCAGAUGGACACACUCUUUCAUUGUUCAAUAAACUGAUCACACGAGGUACUAAUGGAAUAAUUAAAAAUAUGAAUAUAUUCUGUAGUUUUAGAAUAAAUCAAGCAAACGUGGAAAACCAGUUUUAGUACUUUACAUAGAAAAUGUGGCAAUGCUCCUUUAUAUCUGCCAGCCCUUGUUUAUGUGGUUGGUGAAGUGUUUUUCUUCCCCACAUUUGCCAUUAAUUGUGGAAAUUUAAUAUUUAAAUUUGUGUUUGUGCUACCAUCA